UGUCUGAACGUAUUGCCACUUCUAUUUGAUCUAUUUUGCAUAUAACAAUGAUGUCAGAUAAUCCUUGCCUAAAUAUUCUAUAAAUUCAACUUGGCAACGUAAAUUCAGCGCUUAAAGAUCUUCGAAGAAAUUGUGAAAAUCAAAAAUGGCUACUGUUCCUUUGAUGUUGGUAGAAGAGGAUGUUGAAUGUGGUGGCAAGGAACAGUCUGAACAUGACAUACAAGAUGACUUUGUAUACAGGAAUAAUGUACAAAAUGCAGAUAUCAAGAUACGAAUGAGUUUCUUACGAAAAGUUUAUGGUUUGUUGAGUAUUCAGAUCUUGAUGACAGUUGCAUUAGCUUCAAUAUUUGUGGUCAGUUCAACAGUGAAAUUAUACGUGCAGAAUAAUGUAUGGACAAUAGGUUUAGCGUUUUUCUUGACAAUUGCAAUCUUAAUUGCUCUGAUGAUAAAAAGAAAAGAUCAUCCUGCCAACUUGAUUCUUCUAAGUGCAUUUACACUGGUACAGGCGUAUACUGUCGGAGUUGUAGUGUCUAUGUACGACACCACAGUAGUCCUAGAAGCUCUGUUUAUAACGUUGACUGUUUUGUUCGGUCUGACAGCUUAUACUUUCCAGACCAAGCGUGAUUUUUCAUUUCUAGGAUUUGGAUUGUUUAUUGGACUCUGGUGCCUCUUACUCGGAGGUUUAAUGCAAAUCUUUAUUCAGAGCACCACGCUGGAAUUGAUUAUAAGCAUCGGAGGUGCACUGUUGUUCUGCCUAUUCAUAGUUUUUGACACGCAACUUAUAAUGCACGUUCUCUCGCCCGAGGAAUAUAUCCUGGCGACGAUUAAUAUCUACCUGGAUAUAAUCAAUUUGUUUUUACAUAUAUUACGAGCGCUUGCUAUUUCGAAGCAGUAAACAGUAUUACUACGUAUUUUAUUUGAAAUGUUAAAACGCAUAGAACAACAAGCUUAUUCUGUAACUUUUAAUACAAGUUUCGUUAUUAUUGGAACUCCACUGCACAGCUUCUUUACUAUUGUAAAGAACUAUUGUAAAAGAACGUAGCAGCGUUAUAAUAAUAACGGAAUUUGCAUUAAGAGUUACGGAAUAGAAUUGCUCGUUAUUUUAUGAAUCUUCUAGCAUAUAAGCUAUGGUCCAUUUGAUGCUACGAAUGCUUUGAAAUUUUUUGAUUGGACAAUUAAUAUAAUUCUUUCUUCUGAUUGGUCAGUCAGAAAUUUCGAAGCAUUUGUAGCGCUAAGUGGACCACACCCAUAAUCAUAUGUGUAUAUAUAUAUAUAUAUAAACAUAU